UUGUGUUAGGUUCAUUGAGAUAGAGGGAACAUAGGCUUAGAGUCAGAAAGAUCUGGGUUCCAAUUCUAGGGUGGUUAUUUAUCAUCGUGGAGGCAAGCUCUGAAGUGUGUUGGGCCUUAGUUGUUUUACCCACAAAUAUUAUCUGUUCCCUUUUGUGCAUGCUAGAGAGAGCUGAUGUGUCAGUACGCUGACACCAUUGAUAUCUAGAUGCAAAACAAGAAAUUGGCUUUGGCUCAGAAUCAGGAAGUUGUGUGCUAACUUGCUGUAGUUGGAUCUCUAUUUUAAAAGACAGUUUAACAGUCAAAGUUUCUUUCAAAACAGUUUAUCAAACAAGCUGGACCUGCUAGUUAGCUAGCUUUAAGAUUCUCACUUUCAGACUUUCUCAGAAACUUUUUAGGGGAACUAGUAGCCCACAGAAUUUUACAACUUGUCAUUCUGUUGCAGCCAGGGUGGGCUAUUGCAGUAAAAACUGACUCACAGAAAAAAGUCUAUCUAAAAUCCUUAAAACCCCACCUACUUUAUAAUCGGCACUUGAAAGCAGUAGGAAUAAGUAAGCUGUCCUGAUACUACUCCUGAGCCACGCCCCCGGCCUUUAGUUUCCCUCCUUCCUAUUAGUACAUAGUCCUCCCUUCCACUCUGCUUUCAUGUGAGCGUAUACCACACCUUAACCUUGCUGGCCCUUCCAUCACCUUUAGCAGAAAACAACUGGAAAGAGGAGAGACUUGGACUUAAGUGUUCUGUUUCUCAAAUGGCAUUGUUAUUUUAUGAGACUUAGUAAUUAUGCCUGGAACACAAGCUCUGGGAAGCUGUUGCAGGGCUCAGUAGCUGACUGCAGUUGAGCAGAUAUUGGCAGUGAGGGCUGGAAAUGCAAAAGCCUAAAAAGAAAACCAACCCUGCCAGUUUUAGUCUAAUAACAUUCCAGCUCUGACACAUUCUUUAAAAAACACAAGUGUUUGGACAAAUGAAGCCAGCCUAUAAUAAACUAGCUUAGGCAUUUAAUCUCUUUUGAGGAGCACAAUGAAGCCAUAAGCUCUUUGUAGGUUUGUCAGUGCUUCAGCAGACAGCUCUAGAUGGACCAAGGAGCAUCUAAGCAGUGAUUGCAAUGCAGAAACACUGAGAACAAAACUGUUACACAGUAAUCUUUGCUCACACAUAUGUGCAUGUAAUGAUUUAAAGUAACAGUAAAUGAAGUCAUGAUAAAAUUGUAUAACCAUGGGGCUGGAGAGAUGAUGAAGAGCACUGACUGCUCUUCCAGAGGUCCUGAGUUCAAUUCCCAGCAACCACAUGGAGGACAACCAUCUGUAAUGGGGUCCAAUGCUCUCUUCUGUUGUGUCUGAAGACAACGACAGUGUCCUCAUAUAUAUAAAAUAAAUCUUUAAAAAUUGUAUAACCAUUUUGCAAUUUACAAAGAAUCAAGAGAUCUCAACAUGAUUAUCAAUCAACAUCAAACCAAAUAAAAUGGUAACAAAAAUUUAAGAAGAAUUUUAGGAAAUACAGAGGAUGAAAUAAUAAAGUACAGUACUGAGAUGAAAUCAACAAAAGGUACUAUGAGAAAUCAAACAGGAGUGGUGACCCAAAAGGAAGAAGGAAGAAAAAGAAGAAAAUAAAUAGAUCUUGAGGACUGUCCUGAGCUAAUGGUUAAUGGAAAAGGAAAAGCCAUUUUCUUCAGUGUUACAGCCACUGCUGCUGUGCCCACGGUUUGUAAAGAAUCUAAAGAAACAACCUGCUGGGAGGCGGAUGCAAAGAUUCAACCAUGAAAGUAGAAGAGGCCUGGCAGGGACGAGGAGAGGGGUGACAAGGAGGAGGACAAGGGAGAGCAAGAGGAUGUGAAACAGGAUAGAAAUGCCUUAUGCAUAUGCAUGAAAAUGCUUAAUAAGAAACACAAAUCCCAUCAGUUAUAGAAAGAAGCAAUUAAACUCCGAGAGACCUGUGAGGGCUCUUUUUGGUCUUGUUCUGUUUCUCUGUAUAGCACUAGCUAUCUCAGGACUGGCUCUGUAGACCAGGGUGGCCUUGAACUCAGAGAGAUCUGUCUGCCUCUGCCUCCCAAGUGCUGGGACUAAAGGUGUGCGACACUACUGUCCUGCUGGAGCUUUAAUGUUAAGCCAGUUUUACAGUUUAAAGAAAACUUAUACAUUAUUUUUCCGAGAGAGGGCAGAAAUACAUUUCUACUACACAUUACACUCUUUUCCCAAUUAAAACUCUAUGUGAAAAGAAGUUGCUAAUGAACCAGCUCCCAAAUUCAGAUGCUGUUUAAGAAUGAACAGUGACAAAGUUUCUGCCAAAUCUAUGUAUACAAGCAGACACAGAUCUUUCUGUGCUCUUCUAUACAAGGCUGUGAUGUGAGUAAACGCAUCGUACUACACAACAAAGACGUAAGGCUGGAUGAGAACUGUCUCACUGGUAGAAAUUACAACUGUGCAAACUGCUGUACAGCCAGUUGGGGAGAAUCUCCAUAAAUACAUAUUCCACAAUCUCUAGAUUUUAUCUUCUUUUCUCAAAAGGGAAAAACAGCCUGGGCCUCAUCUCAAAUAAAAAAUACCAUCUUAUGCUAAAGUAAGUUUCUCCCCUAAAUAUCAAAGAGAACACACAAGAAUAUAACUUGAAUAAGGGUCAUGAACUGGUUGGAACAGGAUUAACGAGCGGUUUUAUGAAUUACAAUGAGCGCAGCUAUAUUCUAAUGAUGACAGUAUCAAAGAGGAAAUAACCUCCCUGGCAGGCAGACGGCUGCACAACACAUUUGUUUCACUGCUUACAAGUACCAGCCGCUGAGGCUCCGAGAAGUCAGGAGGAGGAUCUGUCAGGGGAGGGAGUCCAGCUGAACAGACACAGGACAGCAGGCUUAGGAAAGCCAGAAGCAGACAAGCAGUAAGUAUUUAGCAAAUUCAUAUGGAAUUAAGGGGUUUUUGUUGUUUCCAUUUUAAUCUUCAGGAGCUCUGCUUCCACAGUCCUUUCCAUCUAUUUGGUGGUUUAAAAAUUAUAAAUAUGAAGGCAAAUUUAAUAUGGGAUUUGUGAGUAUAAUGAAAAAAAUAACAUAAUCUUCCUCUUAAAAGUGCUUCUCAAGGGAAUUGGGAAAAGGGAAACUUAAGAACUUAAUAAGAACUGGUUCAAAUUUGGCAGAAUGAUUUGAUUACAUUUAAAAUCUUGUAGAAAGAAGUGAUUACUACUAAAAGCAAGUAUUUGGCUAGUGAUACUUUGUACUACUUUCUCUCCAACUUAAGAAAUUAUAAAAUGAGUUACAAAGAAGCUUUUAAAUCAACACCCAUCAGACAAAUGGUUACAAGUACAGAUUCCGGUUCUUAGCUGGUAAAUUCUUUACUCAGACCUUAGGUGGGCUUGCCUCUUACUUGGUGGGCCAGUACGUACUGAAACCUUUACUUGCAACUAUUUAGAGCUUUGAGUCGCUAUUCUGAAUGCUUUCUAAAGUUAAGGGGAGAGUUAGUCAAGGGUCAGACGCCGGGGAGUGUGCUAUGGGUUCUAUUAUUAACUAUGUGGGCACUGGCUGUGCUGUCACAAUGUGUACCAUCCUAUCAAACAGGAGGGGGUACUAAGCUCUACAUAGGAGGGGCACUUAGCUCUAAUGGUGUUUACUGAUUUUUAGAAACAACCUCCCUGUUUCUAGGGAGAAACUCUGAUAUUUAAGUUCAAAUUCAUCUCUUAAAAUUAUGAAAAAAACCAAAAAAACAUGAUAAGCUAAUUUUUUUUUCUUCCACAUCUAUUGGUGUCUUUCAUCGAGUCUUCUGAAAUCUAAGCCUCUAGAAGGACUAGAAUCUGGAUGUCUUACCUGCAAACAUGGACAGAUAUGUACACAGUCCCAUCUUGGAGAACCUGAAUCUUUUUAGAAGAAAGAAGGCCACCUUGGCUGGGAGUGUCUGGAGGAUACCAUGCUUUGCAAAAGCAGAUGACCUGCUAGCAACUGACCAUGCUGACCACUGUCUGGAACUGGACUGAGUCACAGAAAGGCGAAUGGCUUCAUCUUAUAAAAUGUCUGAACAAAGCACAAUUUCUGAGCACAUUUUGCAGAAAACAUGUGAUCACCUGAUCUUGACUGACCGUUCUGGAUUAAAGGCAGAAUCAGCAGCAGAGGAAAUGAAGCAGACUGCCGAGAACCAGGGGAAUACAGUGCACUGGGCAGCUCUCCUGAUCUUCGCGGUAAUAAUCCCCACCAUUGGCGGGAACAUCCUGGUUAUUCUGGCUGUUUCACUGGAGAAAAGGCUGCAGUACGCUACCAACUACUUUCUAAUGUCCUUGGCGGUGGCUGAUUUGCUGGUUGGAUUGUUUGUGAUGCCGAUUGCUCUCUUAACAAUCAUGUUUGAGGCUACAUGGCCCCUCCCACUGGCCCUGUGUCCUGCCUGGUUAUUCCUUGAUGUUCUCUUUUCAACUGCCUCCAUCAUGCAUCUCUGUGCCAUUUCCCUGGAUCGCUAUAUAGCCAUCAAAAAGCCAAUUCAGGCCAAUCAGUGCAAUUCCCGGACUACUGCAUUCGUCAAGAUUACGGUGGUAUGGUUAAUUUCAAUAGGCAUCGCCAUCCCAGUCCCUAUUAAAGGAAUAGAGGCUGAUGUGGUCAACGCACACAACAUCACCUGUGAGCUGACAAAGGACCGCUUUGGCAGUUUCAUGCUCUUUGGGUCACUGGCUGCUUUCUUUGCACCUCUCACCAUCAUGAUAGUCACCUACUUUCUCACCAUUCACGCUUUGCGGAAGAAAGCUUACUUGGUCAGAAACAGGCCACCUCAACGCCUAACACGGUGGACUGUGUCCACAGUUCUCCAAAGGGAAGACUCAUCCUUUUCAUCACCAGAAAAGAUGGCGAUGCUGGAUGGCUCUCACAAGGAUAAAAUUCUACCUAACUCAAUUGAUGAGACACUGAUGAGAAGAAUGUCCUCAGCAGGAAAAAAACCAGCCCAGACCAUUUCUAAUGAACAGAGAGCCUCAAAGGUCCUUGGAAUUGUGUUUCUCUUCUUUCUGCUUAUGUGGUGCCCCUUUUUCAUUACAAACGUAACUUUAGCUCUGUGUGAUUCCUGCAACCAGACUACUCUCAAAACACUCCUGCAGAUAUUUGUGUGGGUAGGCUACGUUUCCUCGGGAGUGAAUCCUUUGAUCUAUACCCUCUUCAAUAAGACAUUUCGGGAAGCAUUUGGCAGGUACAUCACCUGCAAUUACCAGGCCACAAAGUCAGUAAAAGUGCUUAGAAAGUGUUCUAGUACACUCUAUUUUGGGAAUUCAAUGGUAGAAAACUCUAAAUUUUUCACAAAACAUGGAAUUCGAAAUGGGAUCAACCCUGCCAUGUACCAGAGCCCAGUAAGGCUCCGAAGUUCAACCAUUCAGUCUUCAUCCAUCAUUCUCCUCAAUACAUUUCUCACUGAAAACGAUGGUGACAAAGUAGAAGACCAAGUCAGCUACAUAUAGUGGAAUGGGGCAGCCCUCAUCUGACUGAGGGAGGGGAUGAGGAGGACGCAAGCAAACCAAGGAAAAGGCAAGAGUGAAGCACUAAGGUUGUCCAGUUUCCUUAUCUAAACAAACUCAACGCACGGGUAUAGUAGUUCCGUAUGGCUACAAACAAAAGCAUUCCCUACUCUGGUAUUCAAAUGGAACAAAAUUAAAUAAGUGGAUAUACUUCAGUCUUUAAAAAGAAAAGAAGGGGUUGGGGAUUUAGCUCAGUGGUAGAGAGUUUGCCUAGUAAGUGCAAGGCCCUGGGUUCGGUUCUCAGCUCCAGAAAAAAAGAAAAUAAAAAAAAAAAUAAAUAAAAAAAUAAAAAGAAAAGAAUGUCAAAAAAUUUUUAAGUUCCUAAUUGUGUGUAAAGUUGUGCUAAGAAAGAAAUAAAACGAAACAAAAACGUUAACUCUCUAUGUUUUUAAAAGCACAAUGCACAAACAACAAUGACAGGACCAAGAGGCCAAAGCCAAGACUACAACAACCAGGCUCGGGAUGGUUCGGUGCUCACCAUGCAGCAGUGAGGACCUGAUGUGGUCCGCUGCACCCACAUAAGAGCUGGAUGCAGUGCUGCCUGUCUGUGAUCCCAGUGCAGGGGAGGCAGAGACAGGAGGAUCCCUGAGCUUGGUGGUCAGCUCGUCCUGCUGAUCCAGUAAGCUCCAGAUUCAGUGAGACACCCCCACAAUGCAAAACUCAGAAAAAUCUGCUGCAUACUGAAUACACAUGUAAAAUCCUAAAACCAAAUCAAACAACAAAAAACCCAAUGAUCAUAUCUGGCUGUAAGGGAAGAAUGACUUUAGUGGUGAUAUAAUUAAAUGUAGGCAUACUUUUCCUGUCAGGAAGCUAUGUUGACAGAAGGGAUGGGGAGGACAGCAUUUAGAUGCAGGCAAUUGUAACAGAACUUUUGUUAACAGACAUUUGAUGAGCAGAGGCAGGUCCACUGGAAGAGGUGGAGGAGAAAGCAAACAAAAUUGUCCUUGGGCUCUUGAACUGAGUUAUGUUCCUUAAAGGUAUGAAUCAACAUGAUAAAAUGGGAACUAUGGAACCUCAGUCCAGAGACCUAAACAGUAUGAGAUCUCAUAAACCCAUGUUACCUCUCCCUGUAUUUACCCAAUAACGUGGUUGAACUUCUGGAACAAAAUUGUUCAUUUACUGUUUGUUAUUUCAUCUUGCACUGAUACAGGUGGGAAUGAGUCCAACUGGAUAGCUGACUAAUUUAGAAAUGAUAUUCAGUUUAACCUCACCUUAGUCUUUGCACCUACAUUUUGUGCAAUUCUUAACAGGGAUCAGUAAAUGGUAGUCAGUUCUACUGACUGCUGACAUAUCUGUUCAAUGCUAGUCAUACAAAUGGUAAACAUACUGAGGCUGGAGGAAGUGGCAACAAAGACAAGCCUUAGCUUUCAAGCGGACCCGAACUUAUAUUUCAUCCACCUGCUCUGUCACUGAGCCUUUCUAGGUAAUUGAGUUUAGGAUGAUUAUCUUAUGAAAUGUAUGAGCUAGGGAAAAUCUUGGUAUAAGUGAAUCAGACAUAUAUUCCUCUAGUGGUAGAAUCUUUUCCUAAAACCUGGAUGUAAUGCACAGAUCCCCAACAUGUUACAUAUAUGCACUGGCUCUGUAUCGUCUGCCACUCAAAGUAUAUCUCAUUUAAUUCAUUUAUCAUUAAAGCAUUAAGUAUUUCCCCCUAGUGGUUUCAAUGCUUUCAAUAGCAUAAAGAUGUGUUUAGUUAAAAAAAAAAUAAAAUAAUUUAUACUAUCCCACCCCCAAAAAAGAAUAAAACAAAAGCCAGACACAGAAAAAAUUAUUCUUCUUUGGUUUGAGGUUGCAAUCUGAUGAGUCUGUCAUAUGUUAAGAUUUAUAUUUUUGUCACAGCAAAUUAUUUUUCUCCCUUUCUGAUGCUAUAGAUCAAUCCAGAGCCUAAUGAAUGCCAAGACAAGUGUCCUAUAACUGAGCCCCUCACUAUCCCUAAGGAGACUUGUCAGACACCACACUGAUAAUAUUCAAAGCUCUAUACUAUACUUUAUGGACCAGGAAACACGUACAUAAGCUCUAAACAUAUAAUUACCAGGAAUACUGCCAAAGUGCUACCCAACAUGCUCAAUACUGUUCACAGAUUCCUAUUACCACUCAAAUAUAUGCACGCCUACAAAAAUAAUACUAGAACCUAUGAACUAGCUCCACUAUUACUGAAAAAGAAUCCUCCUUGUCUAUAGCUAAUGAGAUCGUUCUAGCAUUCCCAGAAUCGUCUACUGACUGAAAAUAUAACAUAAAUAUCAACCAUUUGUGAAAAGGAACAAUAUAGUUUCAAACUUUUACCACUAUUUAUUACAAUAUUUAUAAUUUCUAUUUUAUGACUUCUUUAAAGAAAUCUAUAAUUUGAUGGGGCCAGAAAGAUUACUCAGUGAUUAGGAGUACUAGGUGUUCUUAUAGGUUUUUAACUCUAGUUCCAAGGGAUCUGAGGGUGGCAACAAAGUGGUGUGCAGAAACACAUGUGGGCAAAACACCAUGCACAUUAAAAGAAGAAAGGGACAUCUUGAUACCUGUAGCCAUGGUUGGCCUUAAACUUAUGAUCUUCCUGAGGAUGGGAUUACAGGCAUGUACUGCCAAGAUGCCUGUCUACUCUUUUAAACCUGUGUUUUGUUUAUGGUUUUUGUCUUCUGAUAGCACUGGGGAUCAAAUUCAGGGUCUUGCGGAUUGUAGUAAGUUGCUCUAGCAUUGAGCUACAUCCCAAGGCCUAUUUUUAUUACUGAUCAUAACCAUUAUAAAGAAAUGAACAGCCUACAGAUCUGGAGAAAGAAUAAAAAUAAUACAACUGCAUGAUCUAGCUUGUGAAUAAAGAGAAUUGUUCAGAUAAGUAUUUUACACAAAGAUAAUUUCAUUUAAGAAAAAAAUGAAUGUUUUUGAUAUUUAUCAAAAAUAUUUUUAAAAAAUUCUUUAGACAUGGUAUAAGCUAAAUGACUGUAGAGUGCUCUCUAGAGACCAGAGUCACCAGAGCUCAUGCCUGUAGUCCUAGUACUUGGGAGGCUGAGGCAGCAUGGGGAUGAGUUUAAAGCCAUCUUGCACUACACAAUCAUAAUGAGUUAUAAGCCAGCCUGCAGCAAGAACCUGACUCAGAAACCAAAAUGUGAUUCUAGUGGGAAAAAUGGAAAAGACAAAAUGGAGGAUUCUGGAAGGCUGGCUCAGCAGUUAAGAGCAUUUGGUGCUUUGCAGAAGACUCAGGUUCCAUUUUCAGCGACCACAGCAGUCGCUCAUAACUGCCUGUAACUACAGUUCCAGGGGAUCUGAUGCCUGUUUCUGGCCUCUGUGGGCCCUGCAUACAUCAUGAUGCACAUACAUACGUGUAGGUAAAAGACUUAUACACAUAAAAAUUAAAAAAAAAAACAAAAAACAAAAACAAAUAGAUCACAAGCUUGAAAGCAAAUGUCAUGAGAAAACACAAGAAUUUAGACACCAGGACACAUACUUCUCAAGUGUUAAGGGCAACAUGGAAGUUUGAGAACAACCAUAUUCUGUUAGAGCCUCUUCAAGAAGAUACAGCUCUGACAGAAGCACAUGGCAGGGAAAGAGAUUUAUCUGCCACCAGACUGUCUGGAGUCGGAGGCGCAUCAUGCAGCUCCACAGUAAUGGGAAGUUUGCUAACUAUUAUGAAAUUUGAUAGCCUUAGCUUAAAAAUGUAUACGCACUAUGGACCAAUAGCAUGGCUCAGUAGGUAAAGGCACUUUAAUGCCAAGCCUGAUGACUUGAGUUUGAACUCUGGCAACCUACAUGGUGCAGGGAGAAUGACUCCCGUAAGUUUUUCUCUCAGCACCACACGUGCACUGUGGUACAUACAUGUCUACAGAUAAAAGUAAGUGUAACAAAACAUUUAAAAAGAGUACUGGGGUUGGGGAUUUAGCUCAGUGGUAGAGCGCUUGCCUACCAAGCGCAAGGCCCUGGGUUCCGUCCCCAGCUCCGGGGAAAAAAAAAAAAAAAAAAAAAAAAGAGUACUUAUUGAUUUCUAAGUUCCUUUCACCUUUAAAAAUAAUAAAUGGAGAAAAUGCAUUAAAGUAAAACUUAGAGAACUUGUUUAACUCUAGUCACUUAAAGUACUUGACCACGUUUAACUUUCCUCAUCUACAAAGAAGUCUUACCAAGAUAGUCGCUCAGUACUUCCUAGCCCUACAUCUUCAACAACGUAUUUUAGAAAACAACUCGAAGGCCCCUCAGUGGAACAACUGUCACAUGCAGGGUAUACACAUGCAUCCUCAGCUACUUAGGAAGCUGAGGCAGGAGAAUCACUUGAGCCCAAGUUCAGGACCAGCCUGGCUAACACUGGCAAGCACAGAACUCAUCUGACUCACUUGCACCAUCUGAAGAUCAGAGUAUGAAGAGUUUAAUGAAAGAUGGCUCACAGGGGACAUCUGCUGCUGAAACUGGGGAUUUACAUGUAUGAACCACAGGAAAUACGUGGGCAAAAAAUUAAAACAAGCACAUAGAUAGUAAGGAAAACUGAACAGAAAAAACAUUAUUUUACUUCUCAACCCACAAUAUUGUUCAGACACACAGAACUAACUAACUAACCCUAUUGUCCUCACCCUGGGCUUAGACAUGGUCAAGCAUUUUAGUUUCUAUUUAAGAAUUGGAAGACAAACAGAAUCUGCAGUUAGAAAUUAUUACCUGAACAAAAUGAAGCCAAGAGACUCUACUGCUGCUCUUCUGACAUCAUCGUUGACAUCACUUACCUAGGGGAAAGUUAAAGUGAUUAUAACACACAUUCCAUUAAUAAACUGAUACAAACUCCCCAUCAUUAAAUAUAAAUUAGGCCUUGAUAGUAUUUCUUCAUUAAGUCUUUCUCUUUACUAUGUAUAUCAAAAUUAUUAUAAAGCUUAAGUAUAACAGUAAAUAAAUUUAGGAAAUAAUGACACAUGUAGGCUUUAGAAAGUCUCUCCUGGCACACCAUUAAUCUCAGCACAGGAAACAGAGGGGGUGCGUCUCUGUGAGCUUGAGGUAACAUUAUCUACAGAUGACAUUCAAGACUAGCGACUAGAGAUCCUGUCUCAGAAAAUAAAAAUAAAAACAACAAAACCCCCCUUUCCUUAACUUAAAAAAACAAAAACCAAAAUCUUAGAAUUCCACUUUGAAGUUCUUAGAUGCCUUUCUAGCAUGGUGAAGUUUAAGGUUCAGAGCUACUUAGGAAUAAUUCAGCUGCAUCAUAGCUUUUGAGUUAUAAGGAACACUCAUGCAUUUCUUCAAUGUUGUUUCCAUACAAUAUACUCUAAUAGGAAGCAAAAUAUAAAUGUUUACACUAUAAGUCAUACUAUGUUGACUGUGGUAGUUUGAGUGAAAAUGGCCCCCAUAGGUUCACAGGGCGUGGCAUUAUUGGAAAGUGUGGCCUUGUUGGAAUAGGUGUGGCCUUGUUAGAGGAAGGAUGUCACUGGGGAUGGGCUUUGAGUCAUCCAGGCCAGGGCCAGUGUCACUCUUUUCUUGAUGUUGCCUGCAGAAGACUCUCAGCUACCUCUCUAGCACCAUGUCCUCCUGAGUGCUGUCAUGCUCCCUGCCACGACGAUACUGGACAGAACCUCUGAAACUGUGAGCCAGCCCCAAUGAAAUGUUGUCCUUUAUAAGAGUUACCAUGGUCAUGGUGUCUGUUCACAGCAGUAAAACCCUAACUAAGACACUGACCAAGCACAAACUCUAAUCAAUAAUGUGAGACAAGAGUGUCUUUUGAAAGAAGAGGUAAGUAUCAAUUUUAACUCUUUCUGCACUGGAAGUGAUGUCAUUUUUCCUUCUCCCAUUGUCUAGAAUGAAAACUACUUGAACUCACAACAUUAUUCUUAAUAAACUACAAGAUCAAGAAGA